AUGCAGCAGCAAACGGACAUGAAACUGAAGCUACCGGAAAUGAACACCAACCACCCAUCUACAGAUGACAAUGAGUGCACUGUUCGAGAACAAGACCGUUUCAUGCCAAUAGCAAAUGUGAUCCGAAUCAUGCGAAAGAUCCUCCCUCCACAUGCCAAGAUCUCUGAUGACGCCAAAGAAACCAUCCAAGAAUGUGUUUCUGAGUACAUUAGUUUUGUGACAGGCGAAGCCAAUGAUCGCUGCCAGCGUGAGCAGAGGAAGACCAUCACCGCUGAAGAUGUCCUGUGGGCUAUGAGCAAACUGGGAUUUGAUGAUUAUAUCGAGCCUUUGACUGUCUAUCUCCACCGCUACAGGGAAUUUGAUGGCGGUGAGCGUGGAUCCAUAAGGGGGGAGCCACUUGUCAAGAGGGCUGCUGAUCCUGGCCCAUAUGGUUUUAUGCCUGCUGCUUUUCAUCAUCAUAAUGGCUUCUUUGGUCCUGCUAGCAUUGGUGGUUUCUUCAAGGAUCCAUCAGUUGCUGGCCCUUCUGGACCUACUGCUGUUGCUGGUUUUGAGCCAUAUGCUCAGUGUAAAGAGUAACU